AUGGAGGAAAUCUACGACGAAACUUUUUCUAUUCUUUAUGAUUAUGGGGAAAAUUUAAAAAGCAGAAGAGAAAAACUUCCUAUCACCCUCAUUACAACAUUUCUGUUUACUGAUACAAGUUUGAGUUUGCGGAUGGAAUUAGGGGGAGAAGUUGGAUACAAAUUUAUUUAUCUACAUCAACAUGGCAUUAAGAAGAUUAAACAACAUGUGUUAGAUAAAGAGUAA